GUAGAUGGAUCGAAGGCAUAUGUUUUGGGUGGUAUUGUGGAUCGUGUGGCGCAACAUCGUUUACAUCCACAUGCUACUUUACUAGCUGCACAAGAAGAUCAGGUGGAAGCACGUAGGCUGCCAAUUGAUAAAUAUAUCAAAUGGAAAUCCGGCUCGAAAAGUUUAACACUACUUGCAGUUGCUUCAAUCCUGUACAGCGUAUAUGAAUCCGGUGGCGAUUGGGAGCGUGCAUUUAAAAAAAUUCCGGCACCUGGGCAGUUUGGUAUUUAG